UUUCUUUUUUUUUCUAUUUUUUUCUAUUUUUUAUUGUUAUCUUUGAGUAAUAGUUCAGUGAUCGACCAUCGAAUGGAUCCUAAAAUUAGGCUUCUCCAAUUUCGUUGAAGUUGAAUCAGUAAGAUUGUGCUCAUUGAGAAUAAGUAUGAAGAAAGAAGGAGGAAAAGGGUAACGGAAGGAAAAGAAAAAGAAAAAGAAAAAAAUAAUAAUACUAAUAAAAAGAAAGAAAAGGAGGGAAGGGGUUGUUGGUAGAGACAGACGACGUGUCGGAUUAUCCGUCGGUGGCCGAUCGAAACCGAGAAAGCGUGCUGUUCUAAGGUUUCCUCGGAUAGCACGGUGAAGCCAAGUCGUGGAGUCUGUCCGAGUUGUAACGAGAGCGAGACUGAUAAAGAGAGAAAGAAAUAGAAAGAUAGAAAGGAAAGAAAAAGAAAAAGAAAAAGAAGAAUAAGAAGAAAAAGAAGAAAGAAAAAAAAGAGAGAAAGAUUAUAUAUAUAUAUAUAUAUAUAUUAUUUCUUAUUCUCUUUUUUCUUUUCCCUUCCUCCUUGGAGGUUCAAACAAAGUAUUUUAAAGUGUCUCGGGAUCACGUGUCCAUCAUGGAUCAUGGUAAUGGUAGUGGAAACGAGGGUGGCAGUUCACCAGACACCGUACUAGCUCGUUCCUCAUCAGACGAGGAUAGACAAAGAAAUCCUGAAAGUACUUCCGGUGAAUAUAUCACUGUUGCCGGUAGCAGUUCAAGUUUGGAUACUUUAGCUGGUCAACCUUGUACGACAACAAAGACUACCGUCAGUACGGUUACUAAAACUACUACUAAUAUUUUACCAAACGAGGAAAAGAGGAAAGGUGGUGGUGGUGGUGGUGGUGGUGGUAGUGGUGGUAGUGGCGGAGGAGGAGGAGGAGGAGGAGGAAGGUUUGGUAUAUUGAAGAAUAGCUUUAGGAAGGAUGGUGCUGGAUUGUUCAAGAUGAAAAAGAAGACAACUCGUGGGAUGGAAGGAACCGACGAUGGUACAACUAUCGAGCUUGAUCCUGAUCCUAAAGAUGAUAAAGACUCCUCAAGUCGCAAGAAGGUACAACGUAGUCGACAACAAGAAACGGAGGAUGAUCAAAGAACUACUGCGUCGAUUAAUGUUACAACCGGGGAGAGUCCUGUGACAUUGAAAAAGAAAAAGUCACAUUCUUUGGUACGGAGAUUAAGUCUAAAUAAAUUUCGAUUAUCAACGGAUCAAUCAUCACAACAACAAGACGAAGCGAGAAGAAGGACACCGGACGGCGGUGAUAGCAGCCAAUCUCAAAGCCAAUCCUCUCAAGACUCGCCCAGUCACUCGGACAGCCCUAAGAAAUUUACUAGGAAGGGAUUAGACGUUGAAAAAAGUGUCUUCAGGGGUAUACGGCAUCGUUCUAAAGCCGACUCUGAACAGCUCGUAGGGGAGAGGGAAGGAGGAGAGAAGAAGGGAGAAACGAAGAAACCGGAGAUGCUGAUCGCGAAACCGGUGAGCACUGUCACUGUAGUACAACGCAGGUCUCCGUCGUUGACCAUCAGAAGUGUUCCUAAGAGUUCUCAGCAACACGGUGAGCAACAAGAAAGGAAAUCCGAAAUCCAUUGUACGUCUACUUUGCCAUAUGCAAUAUCAAGAUGGUCGGAUCAACGAAAGGAAUCAACGUCGUCGGACGUGUUGAGGCCAAAGAGAUUAUCGAUAAAAGCCGAAUCUGAUGGCGGUAGUACUAUUAAUGCGAGGAAAACUUCGCCAGUAGAAUUGCGUAGAAAAUUGUCGUUAUUGGAAGAGAAACGUGCGAUAUUUCAACGUAGAUUAUUCGAGAGUACAAGAGACAUUAGUGAUUCUGGUGAAACUGUAAUAGCCGUAACAUUAGACGAGGAUCGUAAUAAUGUUAUAGAGAAAUCUCAUGAUUUUGAUUUCGACGAUGAGGAUGGUAAAGAUACAUUGAAGAAAAAGGCAAGACACAUUAGCGUAAGAAAGUUCGAUACUUUUUCAACGUUCGAAGGUACUUUCGACGAGGAUACUGGAUUGGGUUAUUUAGCCGGGAUCGAGGAGGAUUAUACUGAGAAAUUUGAUAGGCAGGACGAAGAAUACGCCAAAUUACAAUCAGCCAUGGCACCCAUGUUGGCAGCUGCCAAUGAUAACAUUGAAAAAGCGAGAUCUAGCAGCCAGGAAAGUGCGUCGUCACAGAACAAUGCUCCAAAUAUUGGAGUUGGAGAGAAGAGGGAGCAUUUGUAUAAGAUAUUGGUAAUCGGUGAAUUGGGAGCCGGGAAGACGUCGAUCAUAAAACGAUACGUACACCAAUUCUUUUCUCAACAUUAUCGUGCAACGAUAGGCGUUGAUUUUGCAUUGAAAGUUCUCAAUUGGGAUCCCCAUACCAUAAUCAGACUUCAAUUAUGGGACAUAGCAGGUCAAGAAAGAUUUGGAAAUAUGACAAGGGUAUAUUACAAGGAAGCAGUAGGUGCUUUCAUAGUGUUCGAUGUUACGAGAAGCGCAACUUUGGAUGCUGUCGUCAAAUGGAAACAAGAUCUUGACUCCAAGGUACAACUUCCGGAUGGCUCGCCGAUACCCUGUGUACUUUUGGCAAAUAAAUGUGACCAGCAGAAGGAAGGUUUGGUCAAUUCCCCAAAUAAAAUGGACGAGUAUUGUAAAGAGAAGAAUUUCGUUGGUUGGUUUGAGACAUCCGCCAAGGAAAAUAUUAAUAUUGAGGAGGCGGCAAGAUUUCUUGUAAAUAAGAUACUUCAAAACGAUCAGAUUAUGAGAGGUAAUGAUUCGCAGGAUCAAAACGACGGUGAAAGAUUUGCGUUGAAUCAAUCACCCGUCAGUUCAAAGAAAUCUUGUUCCUGCUGACGAUUUGGAAACGUCUUCGUCUUCGUCUUCGUCUUCGUCUUCGUCUUUGUCUUCGUCGUCGUUGUCGUCGUUGAUCAUUGUCUACUUCGACUCUGCGCACUCCAUCUUAGAAGAAAAAAAAGAAAUAAACCAAAUCAACAAACUAAUCAAACGGUUAAAAACAAAAAAGAUAGAACCUCAUUGUUCAGUAUCGUUUUAUUAACAAGUUAUUAUGAUUUUUAAUUAUUGCUUCUUUUCUCUCUCUCUCUCUCUAUCUAUCUAUCUAUCUAUCUAUCUAUCUAUCUAUCUAUCUAUCUAUCUAUCUAUCUAUCUAUCUAACGAGAAAUAACAUUCCAAUAAAUAUUUCUAAAUUUCAUAUGUAUAUAUAUAAUAUCAAUUCUUUUAAUAUGGUUUUAUUGAAAGACAAUGUAGACAAAUUGAAAGGCUAGAUUUUUUUGGAUUGUGUGUCCUAGGGUUGAUCGGAUGAACGGACGAGAGGAAGGAAAGGUAUAGGAGUGUUAUUUGUUGUUAAUUCCAGUUUUUUUUAUUUUAAAUAUUCGUGAUAUAAUAAUGCGCAUGAAGAGAAUACAGAUAAAAUAUAUAUAUAUAUAUAUAUAUAUAUAUAUAUAUAUAUAUAUGCGUAUAAUAAUAUGGAAAAAAAACAGAAAACAAACAAACAAAAAAAGAAGGAAAAAGAAACUAUUCGCAUUAUAAUAUUUUACUUUAAUUAUUUCAAGAUAUUUAAAUUGUUAAAAUAUCCUCAUCAUCUCUCUCUAUAUAGAUUUGUAUUAAAUCGAUAGACUGAAUGAGCGCAGCAACACAUUUUUCUUUUAUUCUCUAAAAUCAAUCAAUCAAUCAAUCAAUCUGUAAAGAGAAGAGAGACUCUGACAUAAUACACACAUAAUAUUUCUAUAUAUAAUAACGAUAAGAUCUAAUCAGGCUAAAAAAAUAGUGAUUAGAAUAAGCGACUUAAAUUUGGGGUAGCUAUCAGAGACAGCUUAAUAAUAAUUGCUAAAGCGUUAAGAUUAUUAUUCUCAAGAUGAUUCUUCUUCUCUCUUUUUCUCUCUCUUUCUUUCUCUCUCUCUCUCUCUCUCAGAAAAUAAGA